AUGCACGUAGACUGCAAUAGUGAACAAUGCAUUCUGGUGUUCGAUUACUUCCAAGACACUUUGCUCAGUCUUCUGAAGAAUAACCCAAGUCUUUCACCAGAUGAGAGGCCGAAGAUCAUGAGAAGCGUGGGCGAAGCAGUCAACCAACUUCACUCUAGAGACUGGAUAUCAAGCCGGACAAUCUUCGUCAACUGGACAAGCGAUCAAGAAGGCAAUAAAGUGAUCACGAAAACCGUCCUUGGUGACUUCGACAUUGCGUGUAAGCUCAAAGACGGCGAGACUCGCAUAACACCACACGCUGUGGGCAACGUCAUGUGGCGGAGCCCAGAAGCGCAAGCAUGCAUGGCAAACAAGGCGACCGACAUUUACUCGCUGGGCCUAGUAUACAUUCACGCGCUGGGAGGCGGAGAACUACUUGUAGUGGAGGACUGGAAAGAACUAAUAGAAGCAGGAUACCCGCCGGAGCAAGACAUUGUUACGAAACAUUUCUGUUACUUUGGGCCGGUCCCAGAUACCCUGUAUGAACAGAUACGAGAUGAACACUGGAGAAAGGCGUUCCAAUCAGCUGCCGAGGCCGCUGACGCGGAGGUCAAGGAGCGACCAGAGAUGAGAAUGGAGUACUGGACUCAGGAACUUGGCGCAAGCACUUUUGACCUGCUGUCACAAUUGACGAACCUCGAUCCCAGAGCUCGACCGAACAUUACAGACGUUCUUGCUCAUCCAUAUUGGAAAGACAGUCUUCCAGAA